AGAAAUCGGAUCUAUUUAGAUAUAUUUUAAAUGAAAUUAUUAUAAUUUAAACACCUUCUUCGAGUGGUUUGCUUUGAUUGGAGUGGUUCGAUCGCGUGGUUGCGACUUCGAAUUCUGAUUGGAAAUUUUACCGUGCAGUAAGCUGGACUUUGAUCGACAACAGGCCUGGAUCGACAAUGUCUAACAAUACGCGAACAAAGAAUCAUUAAGAUGGGAAGAAUGACAGUAACAUGAUUCUUAAUUACACAUUUUACACUGUCGGCUGACUGAAUAGAGCGCAAAGCGUAUGUGAGUAGCCAACUUCCAGCUCUUCAGGAACGUUUCGUCGCCGAUAUCUUGCAGAGGUUAGAAUAUAUUGCUUUACAAACGUAUAAGCUGUUCUCGUUCGUUGGGGACCUUCAGUACAUGUAAACUUGUACUAGCUCCAAGUAAUCCCUACCUUUAGGGUGACAACAAAGGUAGACGUGGCACGAAACAACCAAAUUUUGAGUUUUGCGUUUGGGAGCAACGUUUUUCAUUCAAAACAUGUCACUAAUCCAUUAAUCUAAACACGAGUUUCACGUCUUCAUCCAUUUCCGGACAACGUGAACUAAUGCAGUCGAAUGGAUUCAGCAAAAGUUACGCAACGCCCUGGAAUAGUACAUCAUAUGAUAUCUAGAUAUCACACCAUGCGAGCAGUCUUUCCUUUUCGGCGAGGUCCGUCGUGCGAGUCAAAAAAAAAAAUUAAUUAAAUUAAAAAAUAAUUAUGUUUGCGCGCCACGUGGAGCACUUAGAGGACGUCGAUACGCCGCGGUAGCUCCAUAACUGAAGCGUUCGAAAAGUAGUCCCUAUUUUUAGAGCGCCUCACUCAAGGAGCUCCCGCGGCGCAUCAACGAUUUCGACCGACUUCGCCGAAAAGGAGGUACUGCUCGUUGUCUUUGUGAUAUCCCAUGAUUUACUUUUAUUUUCUCGUCACGAGUUCUAUACCGAAGGCUCGUGUGUUAUGAAGAAAAAAAUAACUGCGAAAGGGAAUAUUUGCAUAAUGCUACAGGAGAAAGUAUUGCAUAAUUAUUUUUCAAUGCAAAGUAGACGCUCAAAACAGCGGUAGACACAAUAAAACCUUCUUACGCGCAUUGUUAAUUUUGAUUAGUUUUGAACCGCGGCGUAAUGGUCCGUCAUGUGCUCAUGUCCUCUCCUAACUGCUUAAUUUUAAACACUUCUUAAACGUUUCGAGGUUAAAAUCGAGGGUACAAUAGACAAAUUAUUCAAUUCACUGUUGUUUAUUUUAAACCACUUUUUUUUAAGGUCACAAAGUCAAUCAUAAGCAUCGAGAUAUCGACUGAGCCUGUUUCUAAAGGGGGCUGGGUUGUGCUUUGAGCUUGAGCACUGAGUUCUUCCAGUUUGACACUGUCAGGCGUCAAAAAGCAAUUGUUCCCAAGAGUAAUCAACAACAAGAAGAGCGCGUCGUUGUAAAAGCCGUUCCUUUUUCCUAACCCGCUCUAGACAUUCAGUCGGUAAAACAACGCUAAAACAGCGCCAUGGUGGCGAGUGGGAAACCCCUCACUUUUUCACCGCGCCGUGAAUAUAGCGCCUUUAAAGCUAUUUUGUUCCUUUUUACGAACUGAACGCCUGGAAAAGCCGACAGUCACCAGGUGAAUUGUUACGUACUGUUGCACUGGCGAAUGAUGUAGACAAUUUUCGCUCCGAUCUUUUCCAGUGGGUUUUAGUAAAAUUUCAAACUGGCAACGCCAGCGAAGGUGUCGAAUGCAUCGCUGUUGAGCGAUAUAUUUCAAUAUGUAUUCAUCUCUACAUCCAUCACAUGUCAAGAAUUCCAUUCCUUAUUCUCAAUUUCUCAGGUUUCGACUUUCGUGUAGUGACGACUCUGAUUUUUCUACAAAUCAAGCGAGCUAUAUCCGCGCCCAAAAAAAUCUUCGACAAUCAGCACUACAAACGUUCCAGAAGCAAUAAGAACGAUCGAAUUUCACUGUCUCACAAUCACUCAGCAAAAUUCAUCAAUAUAAUUAAAAAAAAAGGACCUCCAAAUGAGCCCGAAACUGGUAUAAUCGUUUGGCAACCUCCACUAGUUUUCCACACAAACGUAUCAUUGGCGACUUUUUGGUCAGAAGUGCACUCCAAUGAUACGACCAACCAUGAACCUUAAAAUGAGCGCAUACACGACGCAAAACUUGUCCUUUCAUUCAUAACGUUGAGAAAAUAUCGAGACGCGUCUGGUUCAUUAAGGUUACUGAUCAUUUUACCAGUACCUCCAUCAAUGUCAUAUAUUGCAUAAUAUGUACUUUUUACAAAAAGUUUUACAUCGGCGAAACAAGAAAGAAGAUUAGGCGACCAAUUAUGAGAACAAAUUCGUGAUAUAAACAAGAAUGACCAAGACGCCUCCAUUGCUUGAGAUCGUAUAAAACUCGAAUUAUUUAAGCUUUUAGCCCCUAAGAGUGAUUACUAACCAUUAGCAUCACCCCUAAAACAAACACUGAGGUCAUGAGAAAAAAAGGAAAAGAUGAUCAACUAAAGACACUUUUGAUUGUUAAACAAAUUCUCUUUAUCAGGACCUUUGGGAAUGUAUAGAGAACAGUAUGGAGAAUAUGCAUAGUGAUGUUAGGGUGUAAAGGGUUAAGACCGGAUCAAAAAAAUUGGGGUAAAAGAACCACAAAGUAUGUACAGAAGACUGACAGAAAUAGCUUCCUAUUGGUUUUCCAACGGACGGUUACGUGGGAACGUGGGGCGUGGGGAGGGGGGGGGAACUCUGAUAUCAUUACAGUCGAACCUUAAUGAAUGUAAUUCUUAAAUCUAUUAAGCGGUCACCUCUGUUAAGAGGUAGCAGUCACCCUUAAUCCUCUAAACCCUAAGAGUGACUGGCAUCUUAUUUCUCCCUACACUAUCAUUAAGGUCAUGAGAAUAAAGGAAAUGAUCACCAACUAAAGAAACUCUUGAUUGUUUGACAAAUUCUCCUUGUCAGCACCUUAGUAAAUGUACAACGAACAGUAUGGAGAAUAUGAAUUCUGAUGUUCGGGUGUAAAGGAUUAAUGGAGUCCCAACGGCCUGUUUGUAUUGUCCUCCACCUGUCUUGAACGGUGACUAAAAGCGGACCACUCAAUUAAAAACAAAAGAAAACUAAGAAUAAUCUUUCAAUAAAAAUUUAAAUCAUAAUUACCUCCCGUCAUUUUUGUUCAAACAAUCCCCGGUCUGUCAUUUUGAAUCGAUUUUGCUCAACUCUAAAUUGUUUUAGAAUGCAAGGAAGUACUAGUCGAAAACUCGAUUCGGAUCAAUUUUAAUAUAUGAGUGACUGCGCACCUACCCUUCCCCUAACCCAACAUUGACCCUAACAUGUUAUCAGUUGUCUGUUGUUGGGUAGGGGGAGGGAUUGGUACGCAGUUUCUCAGAUAGUGACUUUGAUCCAUCGAUUCAAUACCCAUCAUGUCGGGAGGAAUACAAGGCUUGAACACUAAAUGAAAUAUUUUAAUUUACUUUCGUGUUUAACUUUAACAGUAAAAUGGCAGUGAAGUACGCCUCACCCGAAGAGUUCCUGGAAUACGUCAAAAUGAGAAGCCCAGGAGAGGACGAAUUUCAUCAAGCAGUGGAAGAAGUAGUCGGCUCAUUGUGGGAUUUUCUUCAAAAGAAUCCCAAGUACGACAAACAUAACAUCCUGGAAAGGUUGGUUGAGCCAGAGAGAGUGGUAAUCUUCCGAGUUCCCUGGAGGGAUGACAAAGGUGACAUUCAUGUAAACCGUGGAUACCGAGUGCAGUUCAACUCCGCCAUUGGUCCUUACAAAGGUGGUCUUCGAUUCCAUCCGUCAGUCAAUCUAGGAAUUUUAAAGUUCUUAGGAUUUGAGCAAAUCCUGAAGAACAGUCUUACAACUCUUCCUAUGGGUGGAGGAAAGGGCGGCUCUGAUUUUGAUCCCAAGGGAAAAACCGACAACGAAGUGAUGAGUUUCUGCCAGUCUUUUAUGACCGAGCUCCAAAGGCACGUGGGCCCAAACACGGAUGUCCCUGCUGGUGACAUUGGUGUAGGGGGGCGUGAGAUAGGGUACAUGUUUGGGCAGUACAAGCGGAUCCGAAACGAGUUCACUGGUGUGCUGACCGGGAAAGGAAUUCCGUGGGGUGGAAGCCUACUGAGGCCGGAAGCCACCGGCUAUGGUCUGCUGUACUUUGUUCAGGAGAUGCUUUUUUCUAAAGGCGACAACAUCAAAGGCAAGUCGGUUGCUAUCUCUGGCUCUGGAAACGUCGCCCAGUACGCAUGCGAGAAAGCAACUGCACUCGGUGCCAAGGUCAUAACUCUGUCAGACUCGGCGGGGACCAUUCAUGAUCCAGACGGCAUCACACCAGAGAAGUUGGCGUAUGUAUUGGAGCUGAAGAAUGUCAGACGUGGGCGGAUUAGCGAGUACGCUAAACAUUACAAAGUGGCUUACUUGGAGGGAAAGAAACCCUGGGGUGUCAAAUGUGAUGUGGCUCUUCCGUGCGCUACGCAGAACGAAGUUGGAAAAGAAGAUGCCGAGGAACUGGUUAAGAAUGGAUGCAUAUGCGUGGCUGAAGGUGCUAACAUGCCAACACAGCCAGAGGCAGUGAGAGUGUUGCAGAAAAACAAGGUGUUGUUUGGUCCAGGGAAGGCAUCAAACGCUGGGGGCGUGGCAGUGUCCGGUUUAGAGAUGACCCAAAAUAGCCUGAGAAGUGCUUGGACGAGAGAGGAGGUGGAUGCCAAAUUGCAGCACAUUAUGAAGCAAGUCAACCUACAGUGUGUCAAGUACGGCACAGGGCCGGAUGGAUCUGUGGAUUACGUGAAAGGAGCAAAUAUUGGUGGAUUUGUUAAAGUGGCUCAGGCUAUGAUCGAUGAAGGACUGGUUUGAGAAACCUCAUCACCAUUCUGGCUUUUCAUUCUUCUUUACAUUCUCUCGAUAAAUAGUAUAUUUCAAACCAAAGAAUCUUACAGCUGACAACAACGUCUUAAAGAAUUUCGUUAGUAGUUUUUCUCGACAUUCAUCGAUACGGUGAUUCAUUUUAAAAUUUAAGGUUACUUGAAUUAUGGAAUGGACUAAGGAUAAGGAUAAGGAUCAGUCAAUGAUUACUGUAUGGAGCAGUCAAUCAAAAUUUCAGUUAAGCAGGGUUUUGUCGUUCCAAAUUGUUUCAAGGGCGACAUUUCAAUAGAAGUAGGUAUUGUUGUAUUUUGAUUAGGAAACCGGAAGCGAAUAAAACCAGUCGUUCUAAAUCUUUCUAGUUUUUCUUUUUUUCACUUUGUGCGCAAGUGUAUGACGCCAAAUUAAGUAAUUUUAAUUGCUUCGGCCUUAUAUGGCCUCAUAAGGAUUGAAGUCUUCUUCGCCGCCGCAAAUUUGAUGUUGUUGCUUAGCUAAAGAAGAUAGACCCUUAUCUUAUUGUAAGGGAACAUUUCAUUUCUCUGUCUCUAGGCUUUGAAGCAAUAGAGAGGUGUUAUCGAGGAGACAUGAUGAAAGGAGUUUGAAACAGUGUUAUUCUGACUAGUUUGCGUGACACUUCGCUUACGUCUGUCACGCGAUCGAUUUAUUUUGAUUUGGGUUUGUGUAACAGGAUUCAUUAAUUUUGAGCUUGAUCACUGGGUACAGGAAAGGAGGAAAGAGUUUCUGACUCAUUCACGUUCUCUGUUCCUUUACCUCUUCAUCGAUGUUUGUUUUCUUUAGGUGUAAAGUAGUAAAUCCCCACUGGUACCCUUCGUCAGCUUUUGGUCUGCUCUUUUGUCGUUACCUUUUUUAGAAUUAGCGAGGUAUUUACUGACGUGUCUCCACAGCCAAAUGUUAUAUUUAAAUUUUUUUCCCUGUUGCACUCCAGGGCUCCUCGGACCAUCGUAAGGCGGAAUUCAGUGUUUGAGAAAGCACUUCCGGCUGUCGCAUCGUAAACGCGACAGCUGUUCUUCUUAUUAUGCCUUCGACACAAAAAUAUCUGCAGAGGAGUCGUAACAGUUUUGCCAUAUUGGCUUCUUCGCAAAGAGAAAUGUUUGUUCAGACCAGUUAUAAGUCAAUCAUUUUCCAAAUUGAAUUUACUCUUCUCCUAUUACUAGAGGAAAUUUAACAAAGGAAACGUCACAUGCUGUUUCAAUGACUCCGUGUCAUCCUCUUCGAAAGUGGAGCAGAUCGCCAUUGGUGCUGUUUGCAUAAAAGGGAAUAAAAUUGUGUCGGAGACUACAUGUUGCGUGAUAGUAGCCUAUCGACUACCCUUUUGACAGAUUUUUAGAAGAAGUCUAGCCAUCAAGAGACAAUGAACACUUGAGCUACACGAAUUGAUUGACUUUCUGAUUAUCACAUAGCAAUAACCAAUAAUUAUCUUAUUCACUCGCAUAAAAUCGAGCGUCCUUUUCCAUGUGAUAAAAGUAGCUCUUGCAUAUCUGUUGUACUAAGUGAAUACUACAAAAGUGAGCCAAGUGAUUGAAUAGUUCAGACAAACAACUCUACCGCUUGUUUCUUAAAUGUCGUUCAGUAAACCCUAGUGAACGGGG